CACAAAAGUCGAAAUAAUGGAGAACUGCCAUGAGUACAGGUGGAGGCAAUCCUGACUUCGGCGCUUCUUCUUUUGUUGGGGGAACGUUGCCCCACGUGCUAAACAAGACCCGUUCCAGCAUCAAUCAUCUCCGAAGCUCCCGUUACUCUAGAUGUGGUGUCCGGUGGGAUUGUCUCCCGUUAGACGUUUGGUUUGGUUUUCGGUAGUUGUCAGAAGGCAUAGUAGGAGCGCAAGUACAGUCUGAAUACGAGGACUGACAUAGAGUCAGGGGAGACUAGGUCAAGAAGGUUUCUCCACUUCUGUCGAUAUAGUAUAUCCCGCCAAGUCGAUACCCCAACGGCUGACACUUUCGUCGAACCCUUAUAUUCUGCGGCACCAAAACCCCUCCUCAUAGCAGAGUUGUGCUCGAUAAACUGCUAUACUCGAACAGGGGCCAGCUAUAUCACAUUGCCAUUCCAACAAUGCGUUGUAAUUAUAAUCCACAUGAUACAGUGUGGAGAUGGCCAUUGUUGGCACCCAGCCCACAUGACAUGGAGAUAGCCACUGUCAACACGGUCGUGGCAUAUGUUUCUGAGAGGCAUUCGAACAGGGGUAAACGGAUUGCGUCGUUUUUGUCAAGGUUGCUCUGUAAUUACAACCCACGCAAUAUUGAGAUAGGCAUUGUUGGCACAGGGGUAACUCGAUCACAUCGUUUGCAUUGAGGCUGCACUGCAACUAUAACCCACACAAUAUGGAGAUUGGCCACUAUCGGCACCGCCGUGGCAUGGGCGUUGCACCACCUGUUCCCAUUCUACAUCAUUAGUCUUGGCCGUUAACUUUUUAGAAGUGAAGGCAGUGCCAUCCUACAUAAAGGCCAGGCUCCCCGUUAACAGCUAGGACAAGAUUUUCUUCGGCCCUGGGAACUCUGCGUCCAUCCUUCACAAUGCUCGUCCUUCGUACCAUCAGCUUCUUUGCGAUUGCUGCCAGUUUGGUUGCAUCUGUCCCAACGACUUCCGAUAAAUCCGAGAAGCGCGAUGCCAGCGCUGCGGACUUGGGCAGUUAUGAAUACAUUGUUGUAGGAUCUGGUGCCGGAGGUGGAACGCUUGCCGCACGUCUUGCUGUCAAUGGCGCCAAGGUCCUCCUCCUCGAGGCAGGCGACGACCAGGGCGAAAGCGUUCAGGAAUCGAUCCCAGCUUUCUUCGCGGCCGCGAGCGAAUACGAGCCAAUGUCCUGGGAUUUCUUCGUUCGCCAUUACCCCGAUGAUGCCAGAGAGAAACUCAACAGCAAGGCCACUUACGAAACUCCUUCGGGCGAGACGUACGUCGGGACAAGUCCCCCUGAAGGAUCUACCUUUAAGGGCAUCUGGUACCCAAGAGCAGCUACUCUCGGUGGAUGCGCUGCUCAUAACGCUUUGGUCACGGUCUAUCCUCACCAAGAGGAUUGGAGCCAUAUUCAAGGGCUGACUGGAGACGCUUCCUGGUCUCCAGCAAACAUGCGCAAGUAUUGGAAACGCCUUGAGGAUAACCAAUACCUCGCCAAUGCUAGCGCUAUUCAGAAGGCUGGCCAUGGAUUUGACGGUUGGCUCGGUGUCAGCCAGGCGGCUGACGAGCUCCUCAUGCAGGACCCCAAGCUCACUGCCAUAUACAGUGCAGUCAACGCUGUGACGCUUGGCACCAAACAGAAGACAAUUAAGACUCAAUCGGACCUAGCGAAAAUCUUCCCCAUUGACAUGAACACCGACUAUCUUGGUCGCGAUUCUAUUGAUGGCGUCUAUCGCCUUCCCAUUGCGGCCAAAGAUAGCAUUCGAAGCAGCCCACGCGAUUUUUUGCUUGCCACUGCCAACGCCGUCAACGCUGAUGGCUCCAAGAAAUACGCAUUGGAGAUCAAGCUCAACACCUUUGUCACCAAGAUCCGCUUCUCCAACGACACGACGCCAGUUGCAAUUGGCGUUGACUUCUUGGAUGGCGCUAGCCAGUACAGUGCUGACCCCCGCGCAUCUUCAGCGACUGCCGGAACUCCCGGAUCCGUCGAUGCAACCCGAGAAGUUAUCCUCUCCGCUGGUGUUUUCAACACUCCCCAGAUCCUGAAGUUGUCCGGAAUCGGUCCUGCUGACGAGCUGCAAAGCUUCGGGAUUGAUGUCGUUGCCGAUCUGCCAGGUGUUGGAACUAAUCUCCAAGAUCAUUAUGAGAUUUCCACUGUUGUCAAGUACGACACCGAUUUCAAAUUCCUUGAGGGCUGCACCUUUCUUUCCACGGCCGACGAUGCCUGUUACGCAAAGUAUACCACCGGCAGCAAUGUUGCUGGAGGAAAGGGUACUUAUGGCACAAAUCUUAUUCCCGUCGCGGCAAUCCGUAAAUCCACUGUUGCCAACGGACAAAGAGACACGUUCCUCUUCGGCGGCCCUAUUAAAUUCUGGGGAUAUUUCCAGGGCUACACUGCUGCAGCACUUGCGGACCACCAGCAUUUCUCCUGGCUCUCCCUAAAGGCGCAUGAGCACAACAAGGCCGGAACUGUGACUCUCCGAUCAACCAACCCGCUUGACAUGCCAUCUAUUAACUUCAACUACUUUGAUGCUGGUACCGCAGGCGCUGAGGACCUCGACUUGCAGCCACAGGUGGAGGGUAUUGCGUGGAUGCGCAAGCUCUACAAGAACAUUGCUGCACCGAACAAUGAUUUCACGGAAGUCAUUCCCGGUCCAGAUGUUACCACAGACGAGGAGGUCAAGGAGUUCAUCAAGAACGAAUCUUGGGGUCAUCACGCUAGCAGCACCGUAAAGAUCGGUGAGGCCAGCGAUCCUAUGGCUGUUCUAGAUGGAAAUUUCAGAGUCCGUGGUGUCAAGGGUCUCCGUGUCGUCGACGCCAGUGUUUUCCCACAGGUCCCAGGGUUCUUCCCUGUUGCCUCUGUGUAUAUGAUUGGUGAAAAGGCUGCAGAUGUCAUUUUGGCAGACGCUGCCAGCAGCACCGCCGGGUUGUCAAUCGACUUGGAUUUGGACGUCUCUGUUGUUGUGGGAUAAAGUCGAACGUCCGAGCUACAAAUUAGACAGCAUAUAGAUCUCGGAAUCUACCUCCAAGUUAAUGUUCCAAAAACUUAACCGUAUUCUGCAUUUGAUAAGUUGUGGCACAUGUUUGAGCAACGAGCAACAUGAUACCGUCCUAUCAGUUAUAAUUAUGUGAGC